AUGCCAUUCGCGACCGCUUCUCAUCACGCAAAACAAGCUUCUCCUGACUCUUCCAGCACAGAAAAUGUUCAACUCAAGACCGGAACUGAUAAAACAAUCUCAGUGGAAUCAUCGACCACACCAAUGAGAAACGCGAGAGCGAAACAACCGAAGUCGAAUAAUUGCCUCGAAUUCGAUCAUGUACAUGUCUUCGACCAAGACGAGGUUGUUUGGAAACUCGACAAAAUCGCCGACAGCGUGCGAGAACCAACCCAAAAAGAACCCACAGUAGAAGAAACAGAAGACGUUAAACUCAAUAAAAAAAAGACGCACGGCGAAACUGAGUUGCACGAGCCGUGGCUUUGA